UAGUGACUGGUGAUAGCGCCCGGCAUAUACACCCCCUCAAUGAAUGUCACCACUCCACUUUCGAAAACACAGGAGCGCAAGGCCGUUCAAUAUGUUGAGGACACUUUCCUGGACAUCACCAGUUCGUUCAAGAAACGCUCGGAGCCUUCAAUGACGACGCUGCCCACACUGUCCUCCUAUCUCAAUGCCAUGCAAACCUUGCUGGCAUUCAUUCUACGAAUACCACCCGUCGACCCUUCAACGCCUCUACGGACAACGUUCUUACUUCGACUGACUGGCGAUAUCAUGAACUCGGUGACGGGUUAUCCCCCUGACAUGGCUGACUUCCGGCAGUUGCUGGAUUUCAUGGAUGACCUCGACCAGGCAUGGGUAGCCGUGCUCCGUUCUCAGAUUUGGGAUCCAACCAAGGGUGAAGGUGUCGACCUCAUUGUCCCUGUCGACCUGAUGCAAUUUGGAAACACAACCAUCCAAUCCACGCCAGCAAGUCAAACAGAAAGGACGAGGUUGCGAAGCUUGCUCCUGACUGGCACAGCUGGCUUAGAGGAGUGGUUGGCGGGAUCGACUCCAAAUGGCGAGGACUAUGAGUUGCAGUUGGAACGAGAAGGUCUCCUUCAGGAGUUCAAUGACUUGUUUGCAAACACGCUGGCUGAGAUGGGAAAUUUCACCGGGCCUCCAGACAACACUCUGGCUGUGAUGGAGACGGAUUGACAACACGAAGUAUACUGUAGGAUAUAUGUAGACAAGAAACCCGCCUCCUCUACCGUCUCCUAGCCGUUCUGCGACUUUGUCCUGCAUUCGACGUCAACUGGCAGUUAUUUUGCAAGGGAAAGCGCAUACCUUUGUCCUUGGCUUUGGCCGG